UGACUCCUUGGUUUGCAAAAUGGCGAAUGCAGCAACGAAGGUCAAGAUAAGCUUAUUGCGUCGACUUGGUAAGUUGGGAAAGGGGGUGGGGGAGCUAAUACGAUGUUAAUGUUAUGUUCAAUAUUAUAUGGAAAUUAAUUGAUUAAUUUUAAAUAAAAGAGAACAUAGAAAAGACUAGUGCUCUUCGACCCAGUCAUGUAGUAGUGAUUGUAGUUUGAAUACCGGUGCCGGUAUUCAGUUAGUUUCAGGUCAGAAUUCACUUGACUUUUAACUUGACUUGAUUCGAGAUUCGACGCUGCUCCUAGAUAACUAGUCGUGGCCAUGAAAAUAAAUGAAAUGUUACUCUAUGAUGACACGAGUUAAUUAUGAUGAGUAUCAUACAUCUCUGAUGAUAGUAUACGUACCACCGUAGUACCGGAUAGUAUUAUCAAUUGUUAAUAAUUAAUUGUGAUGUUCCUAUUCCAAAUUUGUGUAUUAAAUUAUUUUGCCCACCACAACUUUUUUUUUAUUUUAAAAGAUAAUGCCACAAAAUUUUCAGGAGAAAUUAUGAGUUCUCAAACUCAAUGCAAUAUUCUACACAAUGAACAUCAAAACUUUUACAUAGCAGUUGGCUGAGUUGCAUGACAUCAACAUUUUGUUUUGUAUUUUUUUGAUAAUUUUAUUUUUAUUUGAGGGUUAUGUUACUAUAGACUACUAUUAGUAGGGAUAACAGUACUUGUCCAUGCACCGUUCUGCACAUGUCCUAAAAUGUCGAAAAAACAUGUUCUGCAAUAUGGCGUACAACUAUUAGGCCAUAGAUUAUAGUAGAUACUUUAAUUUUUAAAAAUUCAAAAAUAGUUAUUAAAAUAUAACAGUUAUAUAAAGCAAAUUUAAAAUUAAAAAAAUGAAAGCAGAAUCAACUUUCUAGCUUUAGAUUUAUACUUUAGUAAUUUUUUAGCUAUACUAUGAAUAGUAUGAAUAUGUAAAGUGCGAGUUUGUUUGGUAUUUGGACUGCACCUUCAGCCUUCACAUUUUGUGACCCUAUUUAUUCUGCUGAUUGUGUCAAAUGCAAUAACUCUUGUUUUAAUAACAAUUUUAUACAAAUUUUAUUUUCAUGAUUAAUCAUUAAUGCUUAGUAUUGAAAAGUCUAAUUUUAAAAUUAAUUUUAACAAUAGUAUUAUAAUUAUGCAAUUAUAAAUAAAUUAUAAUUUAUCCAGCCAUGUAAUAUGCAUUAUUAUUAAUUACAUUAAAUACAAUAUGGAUGUAUUUUGAACUUAUGCACAUGACUAAUUAAUUUCAGCUUUCUAAGAGUUUAUAUGAGCAAUGAUUCAAUGGUGUUUAGACAUGGAACAUUCAUACGCUUAUCAAUGAAACUAUGAGAAUAGCACAUGCAAGUGACUGUGAAUGGUUGCUCAUGAGAUCUUUUUGCACACGGAAAAUUAUGAUCAUUUUUAAUAUGGAAUCUACCACAUUUUUAAAUCUCAAAUUAAAAUAGUAUUAUUUAAAUUACUGUUAAGUUCCUUCUAAAACACAAGUUAUCAAAUAUUUUGAAGUAAAUAGGGGUAAUAAUUUAAUUUUCCUAAGUAUCGGCAUCUUCCGCCAUUAAAAAGGGGGCAUGGACGAAAUUGGGCUGGUCGACCUUAUGAUAAUGCAGGUUACUGGGACGAAGAUAAUGAACAUUGGUUAAUUUAAUUGGCACACAUAUAUAAUGCUUUUCAGUAUGUAAUAUGAUAGGCAUGUUCUUUUAAUUUCUUAGAUGCAUAAUAUGUACCUAUGAUUCAUGAAUUUCCAAAAUUAACGCUGAAUGCAAAAAAAAAAAAGGCAAAACAGUAUGUUUGAAUGUAGGUCAAGAUGUACCCUAUUGUGAACAUGUGGAAGAAUAACACAAUUUUGUGAAAAAGUAGUCCUUUCAUUAAUGAAAAAUGACCAAGGUCCGAAAAUUCAAAACUCGGAUUCCUUUGUGCCAACUCCCAUACAAAUUUUAAAGUACUCUCCCUUGCUUUACCGAGGUGCCUAACUGUAGUAUUAGUAUUGUCGGUUUUAUUUUAAAAUAAUACAGUUAGUACUAGUAAUUAGUAAUAAGAAUAAUCUAAUAUUUUAGCAUCCUUAAUUCAAUAAUGGAAUAGAGUGUUGCCAAAGGCAGAUAAGCUUAAUUUAUUUAGGUAAGUUUAUGCUUGAUGUUUCCCCUAUUCUACCAAGGUGGCAGUCUUUGUUGCCAAAACGGCACAUGUUCAGGGAAACCAAGAUGGUGGACGUGUAAAAAAAAAAAAUUAGUUAAAAAACAGGACCCUAAAAUAGGGAGGGGAAAAAGAGAGAAUGUGCUGUUUUAGCUACUUAACCAAGAAAAAAAGAAAAUAGGAAUAAAACAUAACAAUUAAAUGGUCGCUCCCGUUCCUGGCGUAAUUUCAGCCGAUACAUUAAUUUUGUGGUGCAAGUAAUAACUUAAUUGUAUCCCACUAGAUAUGCAGCAAGAAGUGUCAACGACUGGCGGUCACACCCUUCCCUUAACUAAAACACUUUAAAAUAAGGAAAAACCAACUUACAGUUUCAUAGAAUAAACUUUUAACACCUUAUUCCACAUUCCACCAUUUUGUGACGAAUGUAUCAACUUUAUUGUAUCCCAGUGGCGUAAAUAGGGGGUGCGGAUCGCAUCCGGCUACACCAUCUCGAAUCUCGGGGAGGACACCAAACUGAAAAUUGCAUAUUUACAGAGCACACACUGCCGGUCUAACCGAAUUUCAUAAAAGUAAAAGGAUAACAGAACACAUGUCACACAUGUAGCCAAACCAAAUGCGUGCUUUUUUAAAAGUUAACAAAUCCGAUGUUUUCAGGCGAUUCUAUGUACAUGAAUCAAAUUGGUAAAAAUUAAAAACAUUGUUUUGCUGUGGACUUAAUUAAACAAGACAAAAUCCAUCGUGGAAGUCACGGGGAGGGGGUGAUACCCCGAGUUACCGCACCGGGUGACACCAACCCGAUCUAUGCCACUAUUGUAUUCCUCUAGAAAUGCGCCAAGAUGUGUCAACUUACACAUGUGUACUAUAAAUUUAGCCUUGUUUUAAAUCUCGUUUUAAAUAUUAUAAUUAACCACCCAAUGAAAUAUUAAUUUACAACUUUCCAUCAGUUUAUUCAUAUUAGUAUUUAAAAAAAAAAAGGAAAUGUUAACUCUAGUACAAUCCAAGAAUAAUCAAAAGGGAACUCACUCAUUCUGGUGCGAAACAUCAAGCAUACAUUGUCAUUUAUUUAUAUUAAAUUUGUUUUUUAUUGUAAUUGUGCCUGUAAGUGUAAGGCCUAGGGCUAUAUUUUUAUAAUUUAAAAUGUAAGUGAAGAUGUCUGUCGGUGCAUUUUCACCAGGGCAUCACCAUCACUUGCUUCUCGUAUGUUUCAGAUAUAUAUUUAUUUAUAAGAUCCUCAAUAUUACUUUCUGCUCUUUUAAUUUAAUAGAUUCUUCAUUGAUCUGUUUGGGUUUUUAAUGAUUUAUAAAACUUGCUGGUCUCAUAAAUUUUGCAUAAGCUUGAAAAGCUGUACAAAAAGCAUAGCAAGCUGAUGGCAAUAUAGAUCACUGUCUCUUCUUACUGAAAACUUUAAAUUACAACCAAAAGAAUUUUAAAUUUUGCCUAUUAUUACUCUUGAGAUAGCUGAGAGAUCGCCCAGAGUGUUAUUGUGAAAAAGGUGAAAGGCAGAUCUGUCGGCCCAGAGUGUUGUGGUGAAAAAGACAAAUGGCCAAUUGGUCGGCCCAAAAAUAAAAGCCUUGAGAUUGGGUGGCUGGUCUUUGUACCAGCUGAUCAGAUUGCUUCUCUCAUUUCUUGCUCAUCUCCCAAUUUUAAUGGUGGCUUCCAUGGAUAUUAUAUUAUAGUAGUGUUCAGUGACUUUAUAUCAGUUUUUAUUUUGUUGUUGCAGCUAGUGCCCAUCUAAAUGCUUUAAAAAUAUGUGACCUUGAAAUAUGCUAAUAAAUCAUUGGCAGCCUCAAGGGAAUAUUUUAUGCAGUUUUUUUUUUUAUAUUGAAUUGAAUCUCAUUCAAAUAUGGGAUAGAACUUAUUUAGGUUUCAAUAAUUAUAAAAUUUAACAAAAUUCUGCAAGUUAGACUAAUUUAUUUUGCAUGCAUAAAUUAUUCAAAUCAGGGUAUGUCAUUAGCUGAAAUAUUUAAAUUUCAGUUUGAUUCAUAAAGAUCAUAUUAGUUUGUACAAUUCCCUACAUAAUAUAGGCUUUAUAUUUGUAAAGUAAUAAGUUUAUUUUUUAUAAAAAAAAUUUUUGCAAAGCAAGUGCAGGACUUGUGAAAAGGGCUCUGUCUUUUGGCACAGACAUUCCAAAAAGGCUCCAUCUUAAGAGGGUUAAAAUAUUAAAAAAUAGACUUACAGUUACCAAUUUUCUAUAUUAUACCCGUACCAAAUUUCUCAUCUUUGCCCAUCACUUAUGAAAGUACCAACUAUACUUAAUUAUACCAUACCAUGGUGGUAUGGUAGGUUGGGGGAUAUUAGUAAUUUAGAAUUAUUAAAAAUUAAAUAGUUUUUUGUUAAUCACCAUAUCUUCUGAAAGGAAAAUUAAGCUUACUGGGUAUUAUAUUAUUUAGUUCUAGUCUUAUAGAAUAUAUUUUAUUUAUGUUAUUCAGCAUUAUAGAAAAGGAAAUAUUGUUUUAAAUUUCAAAAAAAUUCACAAAUUGAAUUUUUCUUUCUAGGCAACUACUUUGGGAACAUCUUAAAUGACUACAAAACUGUGGGUCUUGAAACAGUUCAAGACAUCAAGGACAGUUCUGUGAAAGCAUCGGUGUACCUUACCGGAUUUGUGGCUGCAGGAAUCCUUAUUAAAUCCAACCCAACAGCUUCAGAUCUUAAUAACACUCUCAUUGAAAGCGCACACGAACUCUCUUUAGUUGGAUCAGCCAUACGCAAUAAGGACUCUGACUCUUUUGUUGACAGUUUGAGAAGUGCCCAGCGGGACGGACGUUUGCACCACACUAACCUGGGACUGGUUUCACUUGUCUGGCUCAGUGAUCAUAGAGACGAGUUAGACCUUUAUGCAGCCCAGUGUAAAUAUACCCACCUUCCUUGGUAUGAGUUUCACAAGCGAGUUGUUGAUAUUGGAGUUCUUGGAAAAUUUGUAACAUUAUCUAGAAAAAUGCAGAAUUACGAUGUCAGUACAGAUGAAUGGAAGGAAUAAUAAAUACUUCAAUUUUUUUUAUAUUAAACACACCUGUGUUGUGACCUAAAUUUUUUAUGUUUAAAAAAAUAUUUUUUAUUAACAAAAUGAUUUUUUAAUUACCGGUAUUAUUAUAAUGCAAUGCACAGUGCAUUUAAUUCAUAUAGGUUGGAGAGGGACAAGCUGUAAUUGCCAAUAUGAUUAUUGGUGCUACCCC